CAUCGUGUCCAAGCAAUCAAGCAUCUGGAGUGAGACUCAACAAGGCUGUACAUCAUCCAGGGCCACAUUGUUGGGCAAAUGACGCUGAAACCUGCUUGCCUUGUUACCUCAGCCAGAUGAACACAUACGCACUAGACUUUGUAAACAAGGCUUGGCAUUUGUGCUUGCUGCUCAUCUUAUGCUUUCACCUGGCAUUGGGUGGUGUUCCUGGUCCAUGCCGACACUCGAUAACACAGCAGCAUCUUCGGAGCCUUAAUCGCCUUAUUGACAAUCAGUUGGAUCAUGGGUGUUUUAUAAUUUAUCAGUUCACUGAACAUUUGAAUUUGAGUAAAGUCUGUUACGUCAAAGCAGCAAUCCCGCAAGUACUUGAGCUUCUGAGAACACAAUUCCAUUAUGCUAGGAACUCAGACAACAGAAGAUAUAUCAACACCCUCGAAAAGGCUAUCUACUAUCUUUACUCCCAAGGAUGUAUCUCUGAGAUAAAUGAAGAAAUUGAGGACAGUCCAUCAAGGUUGAUAAAGAUGGUGGAAACCUCACCAAAGGAAGCUCUGAAAAAAGUCCACCACGUCUUCCAGAUGUAUAUGAAACUGAUGACAUUAAGCGCUAAUCCAGUGGACUGGAACUGUCAAUCUGAAUAUGCUGCUGGAGGUUAUUUAAAUACCACACAAAUGACCAGCACUACAGGGGAAGCAGAUGGAGGCCACACACAUAGAUAGUACUCUCCAUUAUCUGGGUCUUCUCCUUGGAGCUUUGAGAACUUCUGCCAUUUAACAGGUUGAUUCACGAUCUGAAUACAUCAACCUUUCCCAAAAAGCUGCAUUUCUGAGCCCAUCACAAUUUGUUCUGUGUUCUGUGUGUUUUAAAAUAUUUCUAUUUCCUGUAUAUGGGCAUAUAGAAUAACAAUUCAUGGCCACUUUAUUGACCUUUGCAGAAUUCAUUGUACUUUUGUUUAUUAAUUUAAUGAUCAAAAGGAUAUCUCUCAAAGCUCUAUUUGUUGUUGUUUUUUUAAAACGUUUCUUUCUUCUGAUAAAAUACUCUUCAGCAACAGAAAAAAGGAAAAAAUUACAAACAUCAAUCUAUUGACUGGCAACCAGUUCAGGGUGUAUCCUGCCUCCUGCCAAAGCCAGCCGGUAUAGUCUUUCACACAUGCAACCUCAGUGAGGACAAGCACAGAGACUGAUGCAUGUAUCUUGUUUGAUCUGGACUGAGCCUCUUCCAUAUCUGACCGUAAUUUGAAUACAGUGUACAUUUUCUGGGACCACUGAGGGUUGGGCAUCGUUUGAAAUUGAACGAUUACGAUUCCACGUUUCGAUUCCGAUUCCGAACGAUUCUCGAUUCCGAUUCUUUUAAGGGGCAGGGUAAAAAAAAAAAAAAAAAAAAAAGAGGCAGGAUAAAAAAAUUGCGUAGUUUAUAUUAUUGUCUUAACUUUUCGAUUAUUUUUUUUAAUUAUAUAAACUUCUCACGGCUAUUUUUAACUUGUUUAUAAAUAUGAAGUUUCUUUCCAUAGGAGUGCACUUUCACAAAGAUGUUUAUUUUUCAUAAGCUCACGGAGAAAACAUUUACACGUAUUCUUUUUCCAUACAUUUACCUUAGCUGGGAGCUAUGACGAAGCAUUAGUAUAAAUUCUUCUAUUGAUUAAAAUUUGAUGAUUUUUUUUUUUAAAUACUGUUGAUUUUAACGGAGGCGGCAGCAUGCUACGUAAAGUACGUAGCUGCUUAUAUAGGCUAUAUAGAUGGCGAAGUCUACUGUUUUAAGAUAGUGGCUGUCUACUAACGCCGUCGAGACUGUCAUUUCGCAUUUAGUUCUAUAUGCAUGUGAUAUCUACGUAAUAAUACGACUUAUUCUCGUACUAUUCCAUCCAUCCAUCAUCUACUGCUUAAUCCGGUGUUCUGCCAGACCAGCAUACUUUAUCACAAUAGCAUACCCAUAUGUCAGUCUGGCAACUACGUAUACCGUGCGAGAUUACGUAAUCACAGUAGCAUUCUACUUAUGCUACAACGAUGUUCUGUUACAUGGGUCAUUUCAGAAUUUGAAGACAAUUUACGUCCUUUCCUUGACAGUUUAAAUUAUUUACACAAGACAACCGUUCUUUUUGUCAUCCUUUUGUGUUUUUAUUUUGGGCUAGCUGGCACAAUUGAUCAGAAAAGCAUUCCUACGUAUACUACAACAAUUUUUCAGUGAUUACCAGAGUAGCAUUCCUCUGUAUGCUACGACAAUGUUCUAAGAUAUGGAACAAUUGUACAUCAUGUGACAGCUGACGUAUACCUGCUACAACAACAAUAAUCAACGUUAGCUCCCUUUGGGUAUUGUUAUAAGUAACUCAAAAAAACAUGUAUACAAUAAGAUGUUGCAUGAAACCAUCGUUAAAAUCAUUAUUUUGCUUCCCCGUCGUCUCCGGUAUGCCACCACGAUGAAUGGAAAGCUAGUUCAUGUGCAGUUUCUUUCUACGCAUGCGCUGUAAUGCGAGGUAUGCUCAUAUGGUGGGCAUCCCGAGAUGUUGGAACACCGAGUUCAAUUCACAGGGACAGCAGAAGACAGACGUAAUUUAUUGUUUUACUUACCUGGUUCUGACGGCGCAGCGUGUCAAAUAUGCAGCACUCAGCUAUGCACUUGCCACACGGCACUUGUAUUCCAUGAAGCCGGAGGUGUUUAAUCAUAUUGGUCGUGCAGCCACUUUUGCAUGAUAUAAUUGUGUUGCAAAUGUUGCACUGA